CCCUCUCAUGCCUCGGCACCGCUCACGGCGCGCGCGGCUCGCAGCGUGCCUCGCGCGCGUCCAAGAACGCCGCGCCCGUCAUGCGUCGCCCAGAUCAGCCGGAUGCUCUUGGCUCGCCUGUCGCUCGGCCUCUUUCUCGCCGUGCAUGUUCUCAGAGGCAGCUGCGACUCUCACAUUCACCGGCUCGCGCCUCUUUGUCCUCCUGGCGCUGUCUGCUGAGCAGCGUUGCAGCGCUGGAUGAGGCUCACAGCCCUGGAGAUGGCAGCCGUGCCUCGACGCGGCACGGUGACGCAGCGCCUGCAGCCGCACGCGCCACAGCGGCAUCGGGCGCUUGCAGCGUCCAAAAAGAGCGCUGCUGCAGGCCGAUCCUUUCCACAGGCUUGCGCCCCUUUGACAGGCUCAAAGGCACCGCUCUCGCUGCCUCCGAGGACUCUCAGGCUCGGCCUGACGUUAGCGGCAAUGUGUCCGGGACAGCUGUCAAAGCCAAGGGCCUCGAGCUGACGCUGGUGGCUGGCUGAUGAUCUGCAGUCGACGGAGUUCCGAGGCGGCCGCGUGAGACAGCCGCUUGCAUGCAGCGUGCAGGUGCGUUCGCAGGAGCUGAACGAUCUCGCAUGAGCGGUCAGGCUUGGGGGCGUGCGGCGUCAAGGCUUCAUUACGAGUGAACAGAGAUGUGC